GUCUGUAGUGUUUCCGGUUCACGACCUUGAACGAACAGGUGCUUGUUGCCACGAUAGCCGGUUCCUCAUCUUCACUUCUUCACUUAUCUGUAAAGAUGCCAGCGGUCCCGUCACCCGCUCCUGCUCAAAGAAAGCCACAGGGCAUAAAUGCCAUUCUGCUCGGACCUCCAGGUUCCGGAAAAGGCACACAGGCCCCGAUGCUUGCUGAGAAGUACUGUGCCUGCCAUCUAUCUACGGGCGACAUGCUGAGGGCUGUCAUAAGCUCUGGCAGCGAGCUGGGGAGGCGUGUGAAGGGUGUGAUCGAUGCCGGUCAGCUGGUGAGCGAUGACCUGGUGGUGGAGCUGAUUGACCAGAACCUGAAUAAGCCAGAAUGUCAGAACGGAUUCCUUCUUGAUGGGUUUCCCAGGACCGUCGGACAGGCCAAAGCUUUGGACAACCUGUUGCUGAAACGCCAAUCACAGUUGGAUUCCGUCAUCGAAUUCUGCAUUGAUGAUUCGCUGCUCGUUCGAAGAAUUACUGGACGUCUCAUUCACAAGAACAGUGGGCGGAGCUACCACGUGGAGUUUCACCCACCUAAGGUCCCCAUGACGGAUGAUGCAACCGGAGAACCUCUGAUGCGUAGAUCUGACGACAAUGAAGAGGCACUACGCAAGAGACUGCAGGCGUAUCAUCAGCAGACGAAGCCACUGGUGGACUUCUACCAACGCAGGGGCAUCCACACCGCCGUCAAUGCUGCUCAGCCGGCUCAUAUAGUCUUUGCUUUGAUAACAGCAACAUUCUCAGCAGCAAGGUCCAAAGACAAAGUCUUGUUUUUAUAGUCUUUGUACAACUCUUAGAAACUGUUUAAUUUUUUCUUCUGCUACAGUAAGAUCUAUUUUUGUUGAUGAUAUUUUCCUAACCAUCUUUUAAUCAUGUUAAUUACGGUUUAAUGAAGUGUGUACAUAGAGAGCACCUGUGUUUAUUUGUACGCAUGGGAUUCUGUAUGUGUGGUUUGCGAUCUGGGUGUAGUAGUUCCUUAGAUAAUCAUGGAUUUGGGGUCAAAAUAACUGAACUUAUCUCGGACUUUAUAGUUAUCUUGUCUUUGUAACCUUUAAACUUUCACCUUAUCUUUGCAUUAGUAGGUAUCCAUGCUUCCAAAUUAAUCUACAAGUAUAUACAUCAUUGUAUGUGUAUAGCCUUUGCAACCUUUGAACUUUCACCUUAUCUUCACAUACUUAGGUACCUAUGUGGAGUGUCAUAUCUAGGUCAUAGUGGUACAAACUGAUUAUAUAUGUCAGCAAAGAUCUUCAUUUGUUCAGUUGGAAGUCCCAGAUGUAUAUGUAUUAAGUGAAAUUCAGUUGAAAUGGUUGAUAGCCUAGGUUGAUAGCCUAUUUGCAUAUAAAAAUGAGUUUAAAGUUGUUGACUAUGUUUAUCCAAGGCCAGAAUAUCUCAUUUUUUGUUACACAGGGCACAAAUAUUUUUGAAAAUUCGAGGUAUAUUUGAGGUUAAUUUCCUCAUAUCAACUCUUGAAUUAAAAGUUGGAAAAACAAAACCUGUGUCAUAAAAGCUCAUUUUCAACUCAACAGAUUUUUUGGUUGGGCUUAUCUGUAAACCUGAAAAUAAAUUGAUCUGAUAUA